AUGGCAAAGAGGACUGUGCAAAUAGUGCCUCUGUUGCUGGUGCUUUAUGGGGUCUGUGUGCCAGGUUCAGCACAAGUCUGUAGAAUGCUUGGUCAGCCUGCCCUUCCAAAAUUUUCAGAGCAAAAAGACAUCAAUAUUGGGGCAAUUUUCUCACUUCAUACAAGUGUUCUGCUAAAGCUGCAUCCUUUCACUUCCAAACCACAGUCAACAACAUGCAUCAGCUUCAACUUGCGUGAGUUUAAAUUCGCUCAGACACUGAUUUUUGCCAUUGAAGAGAUUAAUAACAACACACAGCUUUUGCCUGGUGUUUCUUUGGGCUAUAAGAUAUAUGAUUCAUGUAGCUCUAUAGCUCUGACUAUCCUAUCAGGCAUGGCUUUGAUGAAUGGCUAUGAAGAGAUUUUAAGCAAUACAUCCUGCUCUAAACCACCAGCUGUUCAUGCCAUUGUUGGAGAAUCAAACUCUUCUCCCACCAUUGGCUUGGCAUCUUUAGUUGGUCCUUUCAGCAUACCUGUUAUUAGCCAUUUUGCUACAUGUGCAUGCCUGAGUAACAGAAAAAGGUACCCAUCUUUCUUCAGAACAAUACCUAGUGAUUAUUACCAAAGUAGAGCUCUGGCUCAGCUUGUCAAGCACUUUGGCUGGACCUGGGUUGGGACGGUCAGGAGUCGCAGUGACUAUGGCAAUAAUGGAAUUGCGGUAUUCGAGGAGGCUGCGAAACAAGAGGGUGUUUGUAUUGAAUACUCAGAGGCUGUAUUUAAAACUGAUUCACAGGACCAGCUCCUAAAGACAGUGGAAGUAAUAAAGAAGGGCACUGCCAGGGUGGUUCUGGCUUUUAUUGCACUAGGAGAUUUUGUUCCCCUCUUGAAAAUAAUUGCACAACACAACAUUACAGGAUUGCAAUGGGUUGGCAGUGAAUCCUGGAUUACCUCUCGAAUUCUUUCACAAACAAAGGAAUACAGUUUCCUUUCUGGAGCUGUGGGAUUUGCUAUAGCAAAUGCCAAACUUGUCGGUCUGCAAAAGUUUCUAGUGAAUGUUCACCCUGAUCAAGAACCACACAAUGAACUGUUAAAAGAAUUCUGGGAAACAGCUUUUCAGUGCUCUUUUAAAAAGAGUGGUGGCUGUACUGGUUCAGAGAAACUGUCAGAACUGCAGAAUGAAUACACUGAUGUAUCAGAGCUGCGAAUAGCAAAUAAAGUGUACACUGCAGUGUAUGCUAUUGCAUAUACAUUACAUAAUAUACUAAAAGAUAUUAAAUUAUCCACCAACAGCAGCAAAGGAGAACGACCCACACCACAAAAGGUGUUAGAGUAUAUGGGACGUGUGAAAUUCAACAUUAAAACUGGUGAAGAAGUCUUCUUUGAUGCACGUGGUGAUCCAGUGGCAAGAUAUGACCUGGUUAACUGGCAGCCGGCUGGGAAUGUAGGUCUGCAGUUUGUGCAUGUGGGAGUGUAUGACAGCUCACUACCUUUAGAGAAAUGUCUUCAAGUCAAUCAGGAACACAUUCUAUGGGCAGGAAACAGUGGACAGUUGCCUGUGUCCGUGUGCAGUGAGAGCUGCCCCCCCGGCACUAGGAAGGCUGUUCAAAAAGGUCGACCUGUCUGCUGUUAUGACUGUAUUCCAUGUGCAGAAGGAGAAAUCAGUAAUGAGACAGAUUCUAGUGACUGCUUUCCUUGUGAUUUGGAGUACUGGUCUAAUGAAAGCAAAGACAAAUGUGUAUUAAAAGUGAUUGAAUUCCUUUCCUAUACAGAAAUAAUGGGGAUGGUGCUUUGUAUUUUUUCCUUCAUUGGGGUGUUACUAACAACAAUUGUUUCUUUUCUGUUUUAUUUUCAUAAAGAAACACCUAUAGUUAGAGCCAACAACUCAGAGCUGAGCUUCCUGCUUCUCUUCUCAUUAACUUUGUGUUUUCUCUGUUCUCUUACUUUCAUUGGUCGACCCACUGAGUGGUCCUGCAUUUUGCGUCACACAGCAUUUGGGAUCACUUUUGUUCUCUGUAUCUCCUGCAUUCUGGGGAAAACUAUAGUAGUUUUAAUGGCCUUCAAGGCUACACUUCCAGGUAACAGUGUCAUGAAAUGGUUUGGGCCUCUUCAACAGAGACUCAGUGUUGUUUCCUUAACAUUAAUACAAGUGAAUAUGUCUUUUUUUGCUCGUAAGCUCCCUGAUAACUUCAAUGAAGCCAAGUUCAUCACAUUCAAGCCAUCGCCAGAAGGAGCGACAGAGCCGAGGAUCGCCACGAGACCCGAGCCGAUUACGUCAGACCAGGUACAUGAGCCAGCAAGAGAGCACGCCAUGGUGGAGAAAGCAGAGUGCAACGAGAGCGUGAAGUGGAGCUCCGCCCACUGCACCACGGCUGAGGAUGAGCUGAUUAUACAUCUGGGGAUGCUGGAUCUACAGGAAGAGCUGGAUGACUUAGAUCUGGAGUUAGACCUGGCACCGCCCCUGUGA